UUUCAUUAUGUUCUGUAUCACGUCCGAUGUAGCACGAUCACCUUAAUAAUUAUGUACAAAAUAACAUAUUUCACAGACGGUUAAACAUGACGGUUUACUCGUAUGUUAUAUUUUUAGUGAUCGCAGUGAACAGUGUUAUAACCAACGCACUUUUCAUACCAAGAUCUUUGCCUGAAGAUGCACUUUUGAACUUUACUGAACUGAGUGAAAAAUACGGACAUAAGGCUGAAGAACAUAGUGUUGUAACUGAAGAUGGUUAUGUUUUGACACUGUUUCAUAUAGCAGGAAAGAGGAAACCUCCAGUUUUACUGUUACAUGGCAUACAUGAUACAGCAGACACUUUUAUUAUAAGAGGAAAGAGGUCUUUAGCGAUUACAUUAGCGAAUACAGGCUACGAUGUCUGGGCAGGAAAUACUAGAGGCAAUAAAUACGGCAGGCGACAUAUCAAGCUUAAUCCAGACACAGAUCCGGCAUUCUGGGACUAUAGUUUCCAUGAACAUGGCGUAUACGAUCUCGCAGCUAUAACAGACUAUAUUUUAAAUGCAACGGGAGAACAGAGCUUACAAAGCAUCGGACACUCUGAAGGAACGACGAAUCAUUUUGUAUUAGGAUCGCAGAGGCCUGAAUACAAUGAUAAAUUCAGACUCUUCAUAGCAUUAGCUCCUGUGGCAUUCUUAAGCAAUUUGAUAUUACCCAUAUCCGCUGUAACUGAAUUUGGUCCUUUAUUAAACCAAGUAUUACUCGCUUUGAAAAUCGAAGAAUUGAUAAAUGAGAAAGGUAUCGAGAAGAAUCUUGUGAAUUUGAUCUGCAACAAGGAAGACAUUGGUUACGAAUUGUGUUUUAAAGUAAUUAUACUACAGGGUGCAGGUUAUGAUCCUAAACGUAUAGAGGCAGAGUUUUUCCCGACUGUUAUAGGACAUUAUCCAGCAGCGGGUUCAAGGAAAAAUUUGCAACAUUACGACCAAGUAGCUUUAAGUAAACGCUUCGCCCUUUUUGACUAUGGCCCUCAAGAGAAUAUGAAACGGUAUGGUUUUACAGUGCCUCCUGAUUAUAAUCUUCGACAGGUUACAAUGAAAACAGCACUUAUAGUGGGGAGAAAUGACAACUUGUCCAGAGUUCGAGACGUGGAAUAUUUACGCUUUCUCCUUCCGAACAUUGUCGAGUAUCAUUUGAUGAGGCAAAAAAGAUGGAACCAUUUAGAUUUCGUCUGGGGCAACGACAUGCCGGAGACCUUGUUUCCUGAGAUAAUGUCGUUGUUAGAAAAAUAUAGCUGAAUGAAAAAGAGAAGAACCAAGAUUAUGUUUACUAAGAAUAUUGGUACCGCUUAGCAUGAUAACAAUUGAAAUACUGUCCAGGCCGGUUUCGACCACGGCGACUGAUGUUCUGAUUAAUGAAAGCGACGUUCGUGAGCUCUCAGGUGGGUGAUAUAACCGAUUUUAGCAGCAAAUGUCACAAUCGGACACGGACACAAUCACUGCAAGUCAGUACCCCUCCAACGAAAUUGUAUGUAGGUAAGCAUGCGAACUCAGAAUAAGAAAGAUUAGCUGAAUUACACACAAGCAAGGAUUGCGACUUCUACUGAUAAUUCAAAUUAGUUUCUAGUGUAAAUAUAGUGAUAUAGAAUUAAAGAAAGAAUAAAAAGACAGUAUUUUGACAAAAUAUCUUGUGAUUUAGAAACUUAUUCGUGACACUAUUUAUGUUUAUGAGUACCUAUUAAUAGAACCAUGAAAAUAGAAGAUAUUUUAACUUACAAACUGUUAGACAACGCAAAGCAAAACAUGAUAAACUUAGUACGUACAAGCCCACAAACAUGAAAUUACUGCAAAUAUGAAAGUGAUUUAAGGACAUAGUGUGAGGACAAAAAGUGAGUGUAAUAGACCAGUAAUGUGCCAUUAUUUAUAGUCAUACGGUAUACAGUAAACAAAUAGUGUUUCGCAUCAAAAUACCUGGGCGAAAGUGUUAAAAAGUGACAGUUAUUUUAUCUCGUGGAUAAAACCAUCCAUAAUACGCCGGCUGGAAGGAUUAGCUUCGUCUAAAAUUUGAUUCGCCCACCGAUAUAAAUAAUUACAAAGUGAUUUCGGUACUUAAUUUAAUUUUAAUAAUUCGGUUGCGAGUCAGGCACCGAGGCUUCCAUACCACCGUAUUUUUAAAAUUUUUAUUAAUUUUUAGUCACCUCAAUUUGCAUAAAUCUAAUACCUUUAAAUGAGCUAUUCUUGAGCGAUGGUGGCCGAGUGGAUAUGACGUCCGACUUUCGAUCCGGAGGUCGCGGGUUCAAAUCCUGGCUCGUACCAAUGAGUUACGAAAUGGAACUGAAAUAAAACCCCUUGACCGUACAUGCUGUAUAAAUGCAUCUUUUUUGUACAGGUAAUGUUUGAAAUUAAUAUAAAUCAUAAAGGUUCGUUAGGAUUCAGACUUCAAAGCAGAUUAUCUUCCAUAUUUGGAAUAAAUAAAUUGUUAAUAAAAAUAUUUACAAAAAUAUUUGUCGUUAAAUAAAUAAACAGAAAAUUCAACAUGUAGGUCGUUCUUCUAGUUUCCUUUGCAUUCACUCGAAUAUGCAAGAGUGAUACAGACACAAAUAACGAAAUUUUCGUUAUCAUCAUUUGCUGCGAGCUUGAUUAGCAGUGCAGCUCUGUUUUUGACAUGUAUCACGGAAACAAACAAACAAACAUACUAAAAAUCAGUGUCAAUGCCAAAUGUCAUAACUCAUAACUCAUAACAUAUACAACAUACAUAACAUAUGGUUAACAUGGAAAUUAUUCAAGUUUAGAUUUGACGAGCUGCUUAGAAACUAGACAACAUCAGAGACAAUUAUUUAAUAAAGACUAUCUAUCUCGAAUACGCUUUUCUCUUCGUUGUUGUAGAACUUGUAGAGCGCGCUACCGCACGCCGCUAAAGGG